GUUCUCGUUGUUUCUUUGCUGGUUGCUUUUGUGAACUUUUGACAUGAGCGACCUUGCCUUCCUCGAUGACGACGAGAACGCAGAGCUCUACGACUAUGAAGAGCUAGCACAAGACUACGAGGACGAGGACGGCGACGGCGGUGAAGCGGACGAAGACGAGAUCGAGGAGCAACAACAGCAACAACAACAACAGCAGCCGCAGCAGCAGCAACAAGCACGGCACAGACACAAACGACCACGCAUUGACGACGACGACGACGAUGACGAGGACGGUGGCGGCGGUCAAGGCGACGAGGACGAGGACGAGGACGACGACUUUAGCGCCGCCGUUCGCCCGCCAUCGCGCCCGGGACGAGCCGCCCGCGCUGCAUCCUCCAGUGGCUCUGGCGCAGCAACAGCAGCAGCAACGCCGUCAGCAGGACGAGGCGGGCGCGGCGGGCGCGGGCGAGGCGCUGGGCGUGGAAGCAGCGCUAGUCCUGCGACUCCUGCUCGCGGACGAGGACGAGGCAGGGGUCGCUGGGGUCCGCGCACACCGGGCGCCAAUAAUGCGAGCUCGACUGCUGCAAGCUCAGCCGCAGGGUCGGCGGCGGGAUCGGCCGCUCCAUCGGCUCCAGCAACGCCUGCAGGCGCGCAGCCAGCAUCCAGCUCACGUCGCGGCCCGGGCCGACCGCGCAAGCCUGCCGUCAAUGACGAUGGGUCGGACGCCGAGGACGCUGAUGCGUCGACGCCAGUCAGGACCAGCAGGCCGACGGCUCCGAGCGCCAUCGUCAUGGUCGACUCGCCCGGCAGCGGUGGCGAGCUGCAGCAGCCGCAGGUACCGUCGCGCAGACGCGCAGCUGCCCCUUCGCGCAUCCGAGACAUCCCAACAGACGAGGAAGACGACGAUUUCCUCGAUGAUCGCGAUGACGACGAAUCCGAGUCGGAUGACGAGUACCGAAGCCGCAACGAAUCCGACUCUGAAUUGGCACGGCGGCCUGGCAGGCCUCCCGCAGGUCGUGGCGAGGCUGGAUCGCCCUUCGGAGGUGACUCUGGCUCGCUCACUCCAGGAUCUGCUGGCCAGCGUGUGCAGGCGGGCUCUGGGCGAAAGCGCGGUCGUCCGCCAUGGAAAAACCUGCUGCAGCGAACUCCGGGCGCAAACUCUCCCGCCGGUGCAUCGCCCGCGCCAUUCACCAUGCCAGCGACAGGUGGUAGCUCUAACGCCGCGUCCACGCCGGGCACUGGCGCAUACUCAACACGAGGCCCGGGCAGGCCACCCCGAAGCGCUUCCUCUGGCCCCACACCCAUGCAGUUUGACUCGCCCGCUGACGGUGAGGCUGCUGCUGUCACGCGGCCCAGUCUCAACCCUCGUAGUUUCCGCAAGGAGCGCGAGGCUCAACGCAAGCGUCUUUUUUCGAAAGAAAUGCGCGUCAUGAUGUAUGGAUUUGGAGACUCGGUCGAUCCGCAACCGGAAUCGGCCGAUCUAUUGGAAGACGUGGUACUCGAGUAUAUUGGCGAUCUGUGCAAAAAGGCCAGUGUUCUCGCCUCCUCCCGCGGCCAGUUGCAAACUGAAGACUUUAUUAAUAUUAUUCGACGAGACCCGAAGAAAUACGGCCGUGUUAGGGAACUGCUCGUUAUGCACGAAGAAAUCAAGCGAGCACGACGUGCCGUGGACGAGAAGGAAUAUGAACGCGAGAAUCAAUGAGAUUAGGGCUCAAAAGCCAUUCAUUUAUCUUUUCUUUUGUUUUUUUGGUUUGUUUCCCAAUCGAUUGUCACAACAAAAUUCAAACAUACACACUCGA